AAGCCCGAGAUUUAGCAUUUAGCAUUCAAUCGACUGGCCGCGACUUCUUAUCUUCCACUCUUCCUCGUUGCUUCUUCCUUUCCUUCGUUGCUCCUCGGGUAAAGUAAUUUCGUGGCCAAAGCUCUCAUCAUCAACGUGGGAGCAAACAACACACACAGUGAGUGCGCCAUACGGUAGUACAUACCAUUGAGAGCUUGAGAGCGGUGAUCUUGGACCAGAACAGCAUUAUCUUGAUUGAUUGGCGGGUGGGCCUACAAUUUGCGUUAGAAAGUGUUACUGCCUACGAUCGCAAACCCCUGGUUUGAUAUGGCAUCAUACGUCUAGUUUUUCCAGAGCUGGACUGACUCCUCUACCAUCAUCCAACGAAACUACUAGCUAGCUAUAGCUGCAGUAGUAUCAACAUGACAACCACAGCAGCCGUUGGAUCUCCUCGAGAACGUCACCGCAAUUCUCUGGACCGUUUCCUGGAGGAGUUGUUGCGUGAGACAAGCGUGUCUUCGUUAGACACGUCCAUUGUCCAAGACAAUCCGUCCGUCUUGAUGGAGUCGUCGUCGCGGAGCAUGCGUGUCAUGGCGAGGACGUCAAGCUGGAACGCUCUGACCAUGAGUAGUAGCAGCAGCAGCAGUCGACGACGGCGCACCCGACGAGCCCACAGUACGGGUAGUCGACGGCGACGAACCAGCAGUCGGAGUUUGACCAAGGCGAUUUCGAGAUGGGAGAGUUAUCCCUUUUCCUCGGCUACCACUAGUGCGGCAGCAGCAGCAGCCGUCCCAGCGUCAACCGCCAUGGAUGGAUCUUCCAAUACUUCCAUUUCCGAGUUGCCACCCUUGCCACAACGACGGUUAAGUGAUGACGAUGAAACCAUGAAAUUGGACGAAAAACUCAAACAGGAACUAGCACAGAUCGAUCAGGUACAGGAGGAUAACAACAUGAGUCUGGCGUAUCCAUCUGCUGCUACCCCGGCUGGACUCAUGACGGUCAACGGCAGGGACCAUCAUGUCAUUGAAGCCAAUCAGCCACUGGAUCCUCAUCAUUUACCACCUCCUCCACCAAGAGAUGAAAUGAUUCAUGUUCCAGCGUCCAGAACCUAUCUACACUCGACCAUGGAUCAUCAUCCCAGCCAUAAAAUCAACCACAGCAGCAAACACUCCUCCUCGCCCAAAAUGCCACGAAGAAGAUACGACACUACGGAAGAAGAAGAGCAGCAAAAUUCGGUGGCGGUCAAGCAAGAAUUCCCGACUACCCCCAAGAAAGGCAAUGACAAUACUGACAAUAAACGAAAACACUCCUCACGGCAAAAACAUCGUCGUCGUCAUCAUAACAACAACAACAAGAAGAGCCACAAAGCCGCUUCCUUGUCACCCGAACGGGCUCCGAGGUUUCCCAAACGAACUCACGAACAAGACGACGACAAUGACUUUGCAGCAACAACAACAACAACGAACGAUACCCCACGACAGUUCAAUGUCAUGCGGUCCUGUUCCGAUCCAGCCAUUAUGGACGGGGAUAGCAAUGUUGUCUCGGUCAAACAUGCAUUGACAUUGAUGAAUGCAACCCUUCCGCGAAGACAGGUCAGUCCGUAUCAUGGGCGAAAAAUGAAAGUCAUUUUGUCACAAGCCAAACAGACCAUGCUGCUGCAAGACGAUGCCAACAACUUGAUGAUGUUGGAGAAUGACGAUGACGUCAAUGUCAAUCAUAAUAAUAAUCAAGGGAAGGAUGACAUUCGGAUUGACGCCUCGGCGGCGGACAACCUACCCAUCUAUCUAUGAGAAUCCUUGCAACAAAUGGAACUGGACGAUGAUCCGAGAAACACCAGCAGAACCAAUUCCUGCGAUUUCUAGAGCGUGGAAACGAAACGAAAGAUCGAUCGUGCUGGACUCUCUUUGGAAUUGAUUGCAGUAGUUUAUCGGGACAAUGAACCAACUCUUUCAAUCGCGUUUCAGUCACUCGAUCACGAAUGCAACUGGAAGAGGGCAUUCUGUUGCUAUGUUGUGAUCGCGUCGGACGAAGAGCACCAUUGUCAGACGCAAGCAGCUGGGUGACUGUCAGUACGGUGCCAUGUUGACGCUGCCUUUUUGUUCAUUGAAUGAUUGCAAUCAUUCUCUUGAAAGGAUCAUGCCUUGUGCCACAUUGUUCAUGACAGCCUAAUGAUUGCAAGGUAAGGGAGCACAGCAAAACGCUACUAGCAAGCUCGUCAGAGACACCAUCGACCUUGCGAGAGUCGAAAGCCCCUGUUCAUGGCCUGGCCAGGGAGGGACCGAAAUCAAAUGAGGAAAAGUUGGUCGAAGUUUGUUCAACUCGACUUGAGUCACUCUCCAAGCAUCAUGCUUUUAAAAAAUACAACUCCUGCUAUGGAAACUAUGCUGCAGCAGAAAUAAAGGCUAUUAAGAUGGGUUGCAUCAUUG